AUGGUCCGGUCUAGACCCCUCAGACUGCUGCUUCUCCUGGUUUUAUGGAGCCAUGCACUGGAAUCCCACAGCGAAGCGCCUCACAGGCAGGUGGCGCUGGUGGAUGAGGCUUGUGAGCUGGCCUGCUCGGUGGACCAGAGCUCUAAAGUCAUGGUCCUGCAGUGGAGUCGGCCUGAGUUGGACCGGUCCGGGUAUCUCCUGUUCUACCGACACCCACACAUCCAGAGUCAUUACCAGCACCCAGACUACAGGGCCAGAGUCCAGCUCAAAGACCAGGGCCUGGACCACGGAGAUCUGAGUCUGGUCCUGAAGAAUGUCACACUGAAGGACUCUGGGACGUACGAGUGUCGACUAAUGCUGGAGGACAAGAUGUGGAGGAGGACAACUGUUCAACUCACUGUCAUUGAUGCUCCAGAGAAGAGAGCAGACAGAGUGGACAGAAGUCGUGUCCCACUUCCUGCUGCGGCUCUUCUUCUGAUGAUGUUAAUACUGAUGACUUUGUGUGUCGUGGUUUUAAAACGCCGGGCGAGACAGCCAGAUGGAGCUCAGACUGAGGAAGUUUGA